AUGAUGAGCUGAAGCUGAACAGGGUCCACUACGAAUGUGUGUGUGAAGGCAUGUCCUGUGGGAAUGGAGAUCGUUGCCAAGGCCAGCAAUGUUUUGCUUCCCUGAGCAUUAAUGACGGUGCUAAGGUUUACCAGAAAGGCUGCUUCCAAGUCUACGAACAAGGGAAAAUGACCUGCAAAACACCUCCAUCUCCUGACCAAGCUGUUGAGUGCUGCCAAGGAUACCUGUGCAACAUGAAUAUCACCGCACAAUUGCCUUCUUCUAAAGGACAAACCUUUCAAGAAGCUGCAGGUUACAGCAUGGAAACACUAAUCAUUGUUAUACUGGCCCCUGUGCUAGUCUUGAUAGUUUUUGCUGCAGCAGCCAUGCUGAUCAUCCGGAGAAUACAGAAGAACCACAUGGAGAGGCUAAAUUCUAGAGAUGCAGAAUAUGGCACAAUUGAGGGACUCAUUGCAUCAAACGUUGGAGACAGCACGUUGGCAGAUUUAUUGGAUCAUUCCUGCACAUCUGGAAGUGGUUCUGGACUUCCUUUCUUGGUGCAAAGGACGGUGGCUCGCCAGAUCACACUUGUAGAGUGUGUAGGAAAGGGCCGUUACGGAGAAGUUUGGAGGGGUCAGUGGCAAGGAGAAAAUGUAGCUGUGAAGAUCUUCUCUUCAAGGGAUGAAAAAUCCUGGUUCAGGGAAACCGAAUUGUACAACACUGUAUUGCUACGGCAUGAAAAUAUUUUAGGUUUUAUUGCAUCUGAUAUGACUUCCAGAAACUCUAGUACCCAGUUGUGGUUAAUUACCCACUACCAUGAAAUGGGGUCUCUGUAUGACUAUCUACAGCUCACUACCCUGGACACUGUCAGCUGCCUACGCAUAGUACUGUCCAUAGCUAGUGGUCUUGCACAUUUGCACAUAGAGAUAUUUGGAACCCAGGGGAAGCCUGCCAUUUCUCACCGGGACUUGAAGAGCAAAAAUAUCCUCGUUAAGAAGAAUGGACAGUGCUGCAUAGCAGAUUUAGGCCUUGCGGUGAUGCACUCCCAAAGCACCAAUCAGUUGGAUGUGGGGAACAAUCCCCGGGUGGGUACCAAGCGCUACAUGGCUCCAGAAGUCUUGGACGAAACCAUCCAGGCAGACUGCUUUGACUCCUAUAAGAGGGUCGAUAUCUGGGCUUUUGGGCUGGUCCUUUGGGAAGUAGCUAGACGCAUGGUUAGCAACGGUAUUGUGGAAGACUAUAAACCGCCGUUUUACGACUUGGUUCCAAACGAUCCCAGUUUUGAAGACAUGAGAAAAGUGGUCUGUGUAGAUCAGCAGAGGCCGAACAUUCCCAACAGAUGGUUCUCAGACCCUACAUUAACAUCUCUUGCCAAGUUGAUGAAAGAAUGCUGGUAUCAAAAUCCGUCAGCGAGACUAACAGCCCUGCGAAUCAAAAAGACUUUGACCAAAAUUGAUAAUUCCUUAGAUAAACUGAAAGCUGACUGUUGACCUUCUUCUCGUGGUGCUCUCCUGACAGGGAGGCAUGUGUCUGGUUCGGAAGCAGACUGGCCAGACAGUUUCUGUGAUCGGUCCCCCCGUGGCUGCUCGUAGGGGCAGAAGUUCUCACCAAGCCGUCUGUUUGGGGGCACCAGAACCGUACGGACUUUGCUCAGUGACUACAGUGGGCAUUUCACAAAGGGUCAAGCUGUAAGGACUCACGCGGGAUGUACUGUUGCAAAGGUAGUGGCCUGAAGGAAGACAGAGAAAUCCUAAGACAAGAUCAGGGCAUUAAAUAAUGGCUUUGAACAGCUUAUUUUAUUUCUUUAUUUUAUUUUUUUUUUUAAUUCUCCUAAUCACUCCCAGGGUGAACACGUGGAAGUGGUAAAUUUUAAUCAGCAAUAUUGCCUGUGCUUCUCUUCUUUAUUGCACUAGGAAUUCUUUGCAUUCCUUACUUGCACUGUCACUGUUAAUUUUAAUGACAUGACUUGCCAAAAAUAUGAUUGGCUGUAUACUACAUUGAUCUAUGCCUGAAUAAUAGGAAAUGAAUUUGGUAAACUGAAAAUGUAACUGUCAGAUUUUAGCUGCAUUUUACAUGUGUACUGAUGUUUACAAUAAUGCUGAACAUUAGGAAUUUCUCGUUUAUACAAAACUUGCAAAUUAUUUAUUACUAGUGCACUUGCCAGUUUUUUAAACUGUAAAAUAAGUGCAUAAAGUUAAAGCUUAUUUUUAUGUGGCCUCUUUCAUGAUUUCUUACACAGAUGUUUUUGUAACACAGUAUAACCUGAAACAUAAUUUGUUUUCUGUAUUACCAUAUUACAACUUGAUAGUCACAUUUUAAGUGCUUCACAUUUGUAGGUGUGUGGUCUGUAACAUAUUUUCGGUUCAAAUACGGAACAUAUAUACAGCCAUUACCCACAUGACAUUGUGUCUAGUAUCUUACUGAUCUAGAACAGGAAAGCAAUGGAGGAAUUAACUAGAAUUUUAGGUCAUGAAUGCUGUGGGGAAAAUGCAUUUUAUUUCUUCUAAGCUAUAUAAUAUGCAUUUAAACUCUGCCAGAAAAAUAACUAUUUUGUUUUAAUCUACUUUUUCUAUUUAGUAGUUAUUUGUAUAAAUUAAAUAGAAUGUUUUCAAGUCAAA